AUGAAAGUCACAACACCUUCGAGAACUGUGAAAUCACCAUGGGAUUAUGACUUUUUUAUUUAUAAUGGUGUCAUAGACAAGGAAGCCCCAGACUUCUUAGCAUUCAAGGAACAUUUUAAUUUAUCUUGGGGAAGUAUUUUUUCUCUCUUGGAACACAUCAAGAAGUUUCUCAGGGACUAUGCAAUACCAGAAGUUAAAAUAAAAGGGAACAAUUUGGUAGCCUUCCUUCCAGAGUUUGAGCUGAAGAAUAAACUUACCAGAUACGACUUUCUCACACUGUUAGAGAACCCACUUCAUAUCCAGAUGAUGUUAAAUCUUCCGGGGCAAAGGUACAAGGGCCAAGAUGGAAGGUCAGAGGCUGCCAACAAGAUCCAAGCCACAUGGAAAUGCUUCAGAGCAAGAAAAUUAUUCCUCUUGUAUCGCCAGCAGAAGUGGGCAUCAGGUGUGAUUUCCAUUGCGUGGCUCUUACAUUGCCACAAGACCCGAGUGAAGAAGAUCCUGAAGGAAUCACGUGAGAGACACCUGGAGAAUUUCCGUAUUCGAGCCAAGCAUCUGGCAGCCAACUGGAAUCGCAUCAGGACCUCCAGGAGGACUAUUAUCCAUAUCCCAUCAUUAGGAUAUUCUCUGCCUGUGCGACAAAAUAUUGACGACUUCAACACACUGCAGAAUAUGCAGCUGGGGAGGCUGUGUGACAUCUUAGAUGCCAAUGUGAGCGUCAUCUACAUCUGCUCCCAUCAGAUGAACGACGAGUUACUGCUGUAUUACGAUAAACUCCUGAGUCUACAGGCAGCUGUCAAAUCAGGGAACCUUGAGGACAGAAGUGACCUGCAGGACAGGUUCAAAAUUAUCACCCCCGAAGCUAUCAACAUCUUCCCUAUGCUAGAACAGCUAGGUCAGCUGGUCAUAGAUCACCUGGAAAUUCAACGAUGGCUCUUUAAAAUGGACUAUGAGUUUGGAGGAAACGGGACUGCCUUUUGUGACGUUGCUUCUCAUCUACAGUGCUACAAGUGGUUCCUACAGGAGAAGAGCAGAUAUGGCCGUGAGAACUGGAGGAAGAAAUGGGCACAGGAGCCAGCUUUGGUGAAGAUCUCCGAGGAGCUGGCGGGCAUUUUAGCACAGCACGCACAGCCAGUCAAUGAGAAACGGUUCCCGACGUGGAGGAAAUUCCUCCAAACAUUUCUCUGUCAAGGAGGCACGAUGGAAGCGUACCCACCCGCAGGAAGUGUCACCAACCUGACGGUGGACAUGCUGAUUGAGCCCAAUGGAGAAAUCCGAGUGCUGUCCACGGGGGACCAGCUCCAUGCAGAAGGCCCCUUCAUCUCUACUGGUACCACCAUGCCUCAGACCUCAGUGGAUCCCCAACUCCUCUGUUCUUUGUGCCUCAAGAUUGGAAAUGCUUGUAAAAUGAAAAAUGUGGUUGGUUACUUUUCUAUAGACCUGGUGACAUUUAUUGAUCCAUCCACCCUGGAACAACAGGUGUGGGCAACAGGCCUCAGCCUCUCAUACAGUGACCAGCUGGCCCUGACUCAGCUCACCUUAUACCUGACCAACGGCCAUCUGGAUUGCAGUCUGAGCACCCUGAAAGUGCCCUUUGUUCCUAAGAAAGAGAAGAAAAUGAGCUGCCUUAAUGCCCUCUCAGUGUCGUCCCCAGCAACCAUUCGCUAUGCGGUGAUGAGUACCCAGCUGAAGCACAACAAUCUCUCGCUGAUUUUCCACUAUGUCUUCCUCCAAAUGUGUAAGGCCCAUGGCAUUGGCUAUGACUUUGAGAACAAUCGGUGA